AUGCCGACCAUCACUUGCGAGAUCAGAUCACAGCUCUUCCACAAUGUCUUCUGCGACCUUGGAUCAAGCGUCAACAUCAUGUCCAAGGUAAUUUAUGAAAAUCUAUUAGGGUGCAUUUUGCUCCCUACCUUUAUGAGACUGCAGAUGGCGGACCAAACCAUUCGGUUCCCUGAGGGAGUUGCUAAGGACAUCUUGGUUAAAAUCCAAGAUGAAUAUGCCCCUGCUGAUUUCGUCAUCCUCGACAUGGGGGCAAACAUCGACGUCCCCGUCAUCCUGGGAUGGCCAUUCCUGAACACGGUGAACGUCGUCAUCUACAUUGGGUCUAGCCAGAUCCAUCUAUAG